AUGGCCCUGUGGGCACGCCUUCUGCCUCUGCUGGCCCUGCUGGCCCUCUGGGGGCCCGAGCCGGCCCCGGCCUUCGUAAACCAGCACCUGUGUGGCUCCCACCUGGUGGAGGCGCUGUACCUGGUGUGUGGGGAGCGCGGCUUCUUCUACACGCCCAAGGCCCGCCGGGAGGUGGAGGAGCCUCAGGCCUCAGCCUCGUCCCCCUCCACCUCCACGCCAAUCCGGCCAGAGGGUCUGGGCACCACAGCCAGAGCACCCCCUGCUUUGGCGUCGACUGCUAAUAUUGGCCCAGCCAGCGGAUCAUCGUCCGGGCAGGUUCGACAGAGAGCCUUGGGAACCAGAGACUCCCCGGUCCUCUUGAUCCACCGUCCAGGAGCUGCAGGGACUACGCAGCGUGUUGAGUACAGGGGCCGAAGAGUCACUGCUGAGCUUGUGAGAGAGGAGGUGGUUUCCAGCCCCCAGCCCCAGGGUCCUCCAGCUCAGCCCCCUGCUCAGCCUGUGCCACAGCCUGAGCCCCAGCAGUCCAGAGCGGCCCGAGAACCCAGCCCCGAAGUGAGCUGCUGUGGCCUGUGGCCCAGGCGAUCCCCACGCAUACAGAACUGAGGGCAGCAGCCAGCCCAGCCCAGCCCAGCCCCAGCCCCAGAGAGGUGAGUGUCUCUGGCAUCCGGACCCGGCGGAGUUGCCUGCUGGUGCAGCUCUCCAUGUGUCCAGCUCUGUGCAGGGGUCUCGGAGCCCUCACGAAGAUCUGGAGCCCCCAGGCACAGAUUUGGAUCUCCCCCCUUUUACAGAAGGGCUGGGGAGAUAUUCA